AUGGAUGGGAUCUUACGCCGUUUUGAAAGAAUAUAUGAUGUGGUGGAGUCCGUUGAAGAAUAUCGUCCUGGAGGAUACCACCCAGUACACCUUCACGAUGUCUUUGACCACAGAUACGAGAUCAUCGCAAAGGUGGCAUAUGGCCAAUUUUCAACAGUGUGGCUUGCAAAUGACAGAGAGCUGAUCCAUGGUUAUGUUGCACUGAAGAUACUCAAGGCAGAUGCAUCAAAAGACAGCACAGAACUCUCCAUGCUUCUCAGUCUAUCAGAAUCUAACAUAGACCACCCUGGAAGAAGACAUGUGGUAGAAUUGCUGGAUUACUUCUACCACGCAGGACCCAAUGGGAGCCAUUUGUGCCUCGUUCUUCCUGCCAUGGUGCCCGACGGACAGGCCAUGGUAACUACUGGGACUCCACACGACGCUGGGUAUAUACAGUUGUUAUCCCGCCAGAUUCUACUGGGUCUUGACUUCCUUCACCAGUCUGGUAUUGUUCAUUGCGACUUGCAGCCAGCGAAUAUACUGGUCUCUAUUGCAGGCGGUAUAUCUGACGACAAAUUCCUACAGCCUCCCGAGCUCACUCCAGUCAAGUGGCUCGGUGGAGUUAAGCAAGACGAUAGUGCCCCCAGGUAUCUAGUACCUACGCAGAGACGACGUGGCCAACUAGACAACGUGCCCUUCUCGGCGUUGGUUGUUAAGAUUGGAGAUCUGGGCGGUGCUCAAUGGGUACACCAGUGCGACCGGAUUCCGGUGACACCCAAAGCGCUACGGGCACCCGAACUGAUAACUCGUAGCUCGUGGGAUAUCAAUAUCGACAUAUGGGCUCUGGGCUGCUUAAUAUUUGAACUGGCAACAAACGAGCCUUUAUUCCCCCUGGGUAUGUUUGGGCUUACACAGGACGAAAUCGACAAAGAGCACGAAGGUCUCAUUAGCCAGUUACUGGACUCUAGCCGAUGUUUUACCACACACCUGGCGGAUAGGUUAAUGGGUGAGUUUGGAGCUGAUAAUUUGGCACGUCUCGCGGACUUCCUUCUACUCGUGCUCUCGAGAAGUCCAAAACGGCCAUCAGCGAAACAACUACUCUCCACACCCUUUCUCGCAAACGAAGUGACAAUCACGCAUCAAUAG